CGCAGGGGGUGACUAAUGACACGAUCCCCUCACGACUUCUCAUCACGGCUCCAAAUCUCGUGUUGUACCGCGAGGUCGCCUCGUUUGGGCAGCCAAUCACCGUGGAGCGCACCGGAACAGGAAGAGGAGCACCGCAGGAGAGUAAACAAACAACAUGGAGAGCAAGCAGAUAGUUGCAGCCGUUGCUGUAGCCUGUGCUCUCCUUUGUGGCGAGAAAAAGAAGAAGAGGUUACGCCGAAGAACGCGGAGUAGGUCACAUUUGUUUGGUUGUGGACAAUAUGGUUUGACAGUUCUUCAGCGACAAUUGGAGCUGAAUGACAGGACAGGAUUCAGAGAGCUGCUCCGGAUGACCGCAGAGGAAUUUGAUUUUCUGCUGGAGAGAGUCUCACCGCUCAUAUCCAAGCAGGACACCAAACUCCGGAAGGCUAUCACAGCUAGGGAGCGCCUGUCCGUCACGCUGAGAUUUUUGGCCACAGGAGAGAGCUUUACGUUGUUGGGGUUCAAAUACCACAUUGGGAGAUCCACAGUAUCCGACAUCGUCACAACGACGUGUGAAGCACUGCAUAAAGUCCUGAAGGAGGACUAUCUGAAGACACCAACAUCAGAAGAUCAGUGGGGAGCGAUAGCCAAGGACUUUUAUGAAAAGUGGCAUUUUCCAAACUGCCUGGGUGCCGUGGAUGGAAAACAGAUAUAUAUACAGCCACCGGCACACUCGGGCAGCACGUCUUACAAUUACAAAGGCCGCUUCUCCGUUGUCCUGAUGGGCAUAGCAGAUGCCAACUACAGUUUCACAUACGUGAGUGUGGGCUGCCAGGGUCGGAUCCCAGAUGCAGGUAUCUUUGCCCACUCAGACCUCCACAGAGCCAUGGAUGAAGGACGACUCAGUAUACCACCAGCAGAGCCCCUCCCAGACACAAACACUGUGCUGCCGUAUGCGUUUCUGGGGGAUGAUGCCUUUCCACUCCGACCCGACCUAAUGAAGCCAUACUCCCAUAGACAGCUGGACCACGACCAGAGGGUUUUCAAUUAUCGACUCUCAAGGGCUCGGCGUGUGGUUGAAAACGCCUUUGGGAUCUUAGCAAACCGGCUGCGUGUGUUCAGGACAACCAUCUGCUUGGAACCGGAUAAGGUGGCGAAGAUCACCUUGGCCUCUGUCUGCCUACACAACUACCUCAGACAGUGCCGUUCUGAGGCGUACAUGCCGCCUGCCCUGGCAGACCAGGAGGACACAGAACAUCAGGUGAUCCCAGGAAACUGGAGGAGAGAUGGAGCUGGGGCACUUCUGAAUGUUCCUGCGGGAGCGUCGAGCAACCCUCCCCAGCAGGCCGAAGACCAGCGUGACCAACUGAAGCACUACUUUGUCUCUCCCCAGGGGCAAGUGCCUUGGCAGGAGAGGUGCAUUUAAAACUGCACUGCAAGUACAGUUAGUAAAAACAAAAAGACUUGCAUCUCUUCAGCACCCCUGGUUGAAAAUGGACAUGCUUACUGUUUGGUGCAAAAGGUACAUUUUCAUGGCUGCAACUACUUUUUCCGUUCGACAAUACUGAACAUCAUCCUUAAAUGUCUUGCACCUCAACAUUGUGAACAUCCUGAAAAAUGUAAAACAGGCAGUGUUCUCCACAAAUAAACAUCUUCAAAAAAAUAA